AUAUGUGACUACCAUGACGAAAUCCCCCCGCCGGAAGAAAUGGGACGUUCCAUAUCCAAGAUGGCUGCCCACUAUGACAAAUUGACGAUGUGGCUGUGUUUUUCUGGAUUUCUGGACCUGUUUGGAGUGAGUAUGAUCAUCCCACUACUGUCCAGACAUGCCAAACACAUGGGAGCUUCUCCAACUCUCAUGGGAGCAUUAGCUUCAACAUAUGGAGGACUACAGCUCUUCUCCAGUCCACUCAUAGGUAGCUGGGGUGAUGUAUGGGGAAAGCGACCCAUGAUGUUACUGUGCCUUCUACUGACAACCAUCAGCUACACCCUGCUGGGACUAGCACCCACCCUUACACUCGCCAUCCUCACCAGGAUCCUGGCAGGAAUUUUCAAACACAGUCAGACGUUAUCCAAGGCGUACUUGGCAGACAUCGUCCCCAAAGCGAAACAUUCGGAAGUGUUUGGACGAUUCACCGCCUUCUCCAGUAUGGGUUUCAUCGUGGGUCCCGUGGUGGGUGGACAUCUGAUGGUGACGGACGGAGGGUUUCUACUGGUCUGUCUGGCUGGGUCAGCCGUGUUCUUCAUCAAUCUAUGCAUCGUGUGGUAUGCUGUUCCUCACAUCGACAUUGAAAAGAAAAACGAGGUUAACAAGAAGAAGACCGCUGCAAGCUUCGACUUCCUAAACUUCUUCUCUUCUCUGAAGAAAGCCCUAUUCUCGGAUAUGUGGGACCUAUUUCUGGUCAAAUUCCUCCUGACGUUUUCCGUGCUGGUUUAUCGUACGAACUUUGGGCUCGUCCUCGAACAACGUUUCAACAUCACGCCAAAAGAGAUCGGGUAUCUUAUCUCGUACAGUGGCAUCGUUGGUACCGUAAGUGGCUUCGGUGUCGGAAGAGUUGCAAAUUUUUACCGCGACGACUCAAAAGUGAUGAUCCAUUUCACCGUUCUGUUGGCGGCGGCCAUCUUGGGGAUGACGUUCACGCCGUACCUCUGGCUUUUCCUGGUCUGCCAGACCGUGAUGUCGUUCUGUAACGCGAACCUCAGGGUCGCUUCGACGAACAUCACAAUAGAGCGAGGCCGGAAUAAAGAUACGGGGGUGCUGAUGGGACUGAACCAAUCUGUGAUCUCCAUGGGGAGGAUUGGGGCACCGUUGUUGGGCGGACUAGCCCAAGAGGUGCACCUGAUGGGCGCGGGGGUGGUAGGGGCGGUGUUCGCUAUACUAGCGUGCACGAUCAUGGUGGCCAUUCCACCAGAGCGCUCCGACAGCCAAACCAUUGGAAAAGAGAAAAAAGAACUGUAGUUGAAAAUGAUGUAUGAAAUAGCCAGGUCAUAAUUUUUGUGAGGAACUCAAUGAUUUUUAAAAUUUUAGAUAUUUAUGAUUCAUAUCAGGGUGAACUGCAAUAUUUUGGAGAAAACAGCUGCUGGCUUUAUUGACAGCUUAUGUGCAUAUUAUUGUGUCCUUGUAUUGAUGUAAAAAUUUUGCGGUGAACUUACUUUUGCCGUUGGAAGAGAAAGGCGGUUGUCAAGUUGUUUUAUGUCUGUAUUUGAAACAAUUUUAUUAGACUAUGUACCACAUGUAAUACAAUAGUAACACAUAUUAAUGGGGUCAUAAUUAUAUGAUGGAGAAAUUAUCGCAAAUAAAACGACAGUAAUGUCUUCCAGAUUUAUAUCAUUUUUAUGAUAUGAAACCAUUUAUAGGUGGAGGACUCUUGCAAAAUAUUGUGAUUAAAAGUGUCAGAAUUAACUUAGAAUCUGUUAUCAAAAGCUACACUGUAGACUAUGAUAGAUUAAGGGAAUAAGGUGGAAAUACAGUAAAGAAUAAGAGGGAUGUAUAUUUUUUGGACUGUACUCUGUAUUUUCUGAUAGAAACUUUUUUCGCAAUGUAAAAUAAAAGAAAUGGAAAAUAAAUUCGCAAUGUCUAACAUGUUGCAUUGAUGCAAUAAUUGAGAAUGAUCCUUUUUAGGCUUGCAACCAAUCAAAUUUCAGGAAUUCCAAUGACAAGAGAAAUGGGAAAGCUGAUUGGUCUAUAUUUACACAUACAUAAUUAGAAAAGACUCUCUUUCUGAAUGUCCAGAAUGUUUUCUAAUGAAAUGACCUAUAUUUAUUGAGAGAGAAAGUUUUGGGUGAUAAUUUUUUAAUAGAUUAAUUACAAAAUAUAGACCAAACUGCAAUUUGCUGCUUUUUUAUGACAUUGCCAUUGCUGCUUUUUGAGGAAAUUUAAAUGAGAAUGAUAAAAAAAUACAAAACACACAAAUCAUAGAAAUCGUAAUGCAAUGUUGGUGUCCUUGAUCAUACAUGUGUAAUUGCUUUUUUGUGCUGUAAAUUAGAAUGUCAUCAACUGACUGUUAUGACAAAUGCAGUUGUAGCUAUGUAAUAUGUUUUAGAAUCCUUUUGUUAGGAGGAAAAGCUAUCAGGUAAAAGUGGAAAAGAAGACUAAAAUAAAAAGCGUUUUUGUCAAAUUGCUAUAUUGCCCUUUUGUUUUGAAAAUAUGUGCAGCAUUGAGCUAUGUGCAAUAUUUACAGGUGCUUCCGUAAAUGGACAAAUAAGGAGAAUUGUGUUACCAUGGUAAUGGGAUGCACCACCCGUAUGAGGGAAGGGGGUUGCAAAUAAAGUUUUACUGCAAUAACGUCAA